CUUGGAGGAAGGCGCGUCGCCGUAUCACGAGCCACAACCUCUCUCACUGUUCUGGAAUCAAACAACUUACACACCAUAUAACACACAAUUCGAUCCACGUACCGAUCUCGAACUCUAUAAACGUACCUUACCAUGGCGCCCCUUGAUGACACCACGCCAGAAGCCCGCUUUGAUAGCUUCACCAUCUACCGCACUUCCUACAAAGAAAUCUCCAGCCAAUCUAUCAACGUCGUCAUCCUAACCCCCAAGACCCUCAGACCGGGAAAACACCCAAUACUCGUCAAAUUUCAUGGCGGCGGCCUGGUCACGGGUGACUGUCUCUACGCCCCUUGGUUUGCGGCUUACUUUGUACCGUUUAUUCAUCGGGCGAACGCAAUCGUCGUCUCCCCUAACUACCGCCUCGUCCCCGAGCACACCGGCGCAGACAUCCUCGAGGACCUGACCGACUUCUGGGGAUGGCUGCGAAACGGCGGCCUGGCGUCCUAUCUCGCAAGCCAGAACGUGGUUGUGGACCUCGAUUUUGAGCAUAUCCUGGCAUCAGGCGAUUCUGCAGGCGGCUACAUGGCGCUCAUGUCCGGCCUUCUGCAACCGAAGGGUAGUAUCAAGGCGGUUCUGGCGCAGUAUCCGAUGACGGAUAGUUUGAGGCGAGACAAGAGCGAGCUGUUUAUUGAUUUGCAGUCGCCGCCUGCGAGUCUUGUCGAUGAGCAUAUGAAGAGUGUCAGGCCGGGGGUCGUGGUAUCAUCGUGUGUUCCGCCUGAGCGUAUGAACCUCUCGUAUGUGCUUUCGGCCUAUGGACGAUAUCUGGAGUUCUUCGGGGGAGAUAAGAUGAUGUGGCCGCUGUACCUUAUCGAGGAGAAGAAGUGGUUGCCUCCGACGUGGAUUCAUCAUGGGGAUGUGGAUACGGCGGUCAGUAUUGAGGAUAGCAAGGCGUUUGUGGCGAAGUGUGAGGCGAUUGCUGGGUUGGAAGUCAGAUUGGAGGUUUUGGAGGGUAAGGAUCAUGGGUUCGAUACGCAGGCGAAGGAGGAUGAGGAGCCUUGGUUGAAGGAGGGGUUGAGGUGGGUGGAGAAGAAGUGGCUACAGUGA